AUGACAUACAAAAACACCAUGUUAUUGCUCUCCCCAGCCUCUGCAGAGUUGAUCCUCCAGCAGCUGAUGGAGAGCCAGUCUCUGGAGCUCUCCUGCUCCCCCCAGCCGGGGGCCGGCCGCCUGACGGGCCUCCACCUUUACCACCGCAGCGCCCACAGCCAGACCACCCUGCUGUCCCUGGCUGUUGGGGGGGAGCUCAGGGUCUCCCCGGGGCACAGGGGGCGUGUGCAGCUCCAUGGAGGUCUGGAGUCCCCGCAGGUUAAUGUGACCGUGUCCCAGUUACAGCGCAGCGACACUGGGCUCUACAUGUGGGAGCUGAGCUACACUGAGGACAGCAGGUUGGAUCAGAUCCUCCUCAGCGCCCAUCAUGUUUUCUUGUUGGUUGAAGGGACAGGAAGGUCAUGCCAGUGCUCUCCCAGCUACCCUCCUCUGGUCUUCACCAUCUUCACAGUAGCGGGGCUUCUUCUGCUCACAAUCAGCUGGCUGGCCGUAGACAAAUGUGUGAAGGCGAGGUAUCAUCACAGACCACAACCUCCGGUUCCUAUCUAUGAGGAAAUGACCAGGAAGCAGCAGAGCGCUGAAAAUAACUUAGAGACGCCCUCACAGCGGGAGGAAGCAGACUACCCUGUGUACGCAAACCCAAACCUCCGACAACCACAGGACAACUACUACGCAUGUCCCAGACAGCUCGUCCUCAGAGCGUGACUUCUGGAACUCAUGGUGCAGCAACGAUUCACAGGAAGUGACAUCAGCUCUGUACUGCCUUUGAUAUGAGAGUGAGAGGCUUCUUCUCAUCCAGGAAGUAAGAAAAGUCUCAGUUUGGUGGAACAGCGACAAACGACAAAUAGGACGUUUUUAACAGCCAAGAAAAAAAUGCUAUUUUAUUAAUAUUUGAAAGAAGCUCCAUAGUUCAUGAAAACAUUUGUCUCGGUGCAUGUCAUUUAACAAUCACAUUCUAUGAGGAGAAAGAGAUAUACAGAGAGAAAAAAAAAAACAUUACAAGCCACUGACUUUUCAUUAAAUCUCAGUACAGACAUUUUUACUUAAUAUUUCAAAAGGCAAAAAAAAACAUGAAGAAAGAAAAUAAAGCAGCCCUAAUCCCAUAUCCCCCACCCCACCCUAAAAAACAAAAACCUUUAAAACUGAGAAAACCCCUUGAGGGUGACAGGCUAGAAUCCCACAGUGCUAAAGAGUGAGACGCUCAUUGGUUUUAGGAAUACACAGCAUGGCGAUGUAGCGCUAGGUCAAUCUGAAUCAGGGGAAGGAAGCUGGAGGUGGAGGGCUAUACACGAGUCACCUCUCCACCCCCCCUCCACCCCCUUAAAAGACAAAUACAAACACAUUGGAUCCCAAAAACCCCUGCAAUAGAUCAGCCACUAGGCCAUAAAAUCCCCAUCUUCCACCCCCCCCCCUCCCCCACAAACACUUGUGCAUAGUUUCAUGAUCCUUAACAACCAGCUCAUGUUUUACAAACAUCCUCCAAAAUGUGAAAAAUGUUCCACAAAAGUCUGAUUUAUCUAUUAAUAAUACCCGCUGUGGGAGAAUGAGAAAGAGUAAUGCACAAUGUUCCUGAUUCAGUCAGGACGGGACCUCAUUAAGAAAACACAAUAAAGAUUCAAACAUACAGCAUUUUGCAUGUUAUUCACGGUCUCUCCUUCUUUUUUUUAACAAUCAAAAUCAUUGACCUUUUUUCUUUUUAAAUGUAAAGCAAUUUUAAUAUAUAGAUUUAUAUAUAAAGCACUCCAUUUUCAUUUAAAGUCCAUUAUUUGGUUAUUAUGUAACUGCUACGGAUUUAGAAACAAAAGGUAUUUUCUCUUCUUCUGAAAUCCAUAACUUUCAGUGCUUAGAAUUGUUUCUUUUAAAUCAUCCUUUUUUAUUUUAUUUUAUUCUUUUCAUCAUAAAAAUGUACAUUAAAAUGGCAUGGAGUUGGUACUCUGGAACCCUGGCCUUCCUGAGACAAGAUCCACUUUUCCGUGUGUGUGCAAGAUAGUGAGCAAUUAUGUCUUUUUUUCUUUUCGUUUUUCUUAUAUAAAAAGGAAAAAUAUAUAUAAUCAACAUAAAACAUACAGGCUUCAGAUGAAAUCAACAUUAACACAGAGAAGGUGAAACAGAACGAGACAACACUGUUCGAUCCCAGAGUUCUGAAAGUAUCACAACAAAUCUUCAUUCUUUGAGGUGUUGCACUUUUCUAAAAAUUGGAAGCAUUUGUCCUUUUUUUUUUCUUUCUCCAACAUUCCCAUGGUUUCAUUCCUUUGCGUUGCGAUUUUUUUUUUUUUUUUUUUUUUUUAACUCCAGAAAAAAACAAAGUGUUUGUAAACCGUCAGUGGCCUUGCAGGAGAGAAAAAAAAUGACAACAUGAGUGAACAUAAGUGAUAACAGAACGAAAGCUAACAAACCAAAAAGGUAGGCACCUCUGAAGUGAGCCCUAGAAGCCAAGGCUCAGUCUGAUGUCGCUCCUUCACUCUCUCCCUUGCUCAGAUUUGGGAGAGCUGAAGUCCUUCUACCCCAAUCUAUGGCCACAGGUCUGCAAAAUACUUUUUUUGCUGCAUUUUUUAUACAUGUGAUUUUUUUUUCUUUACUUGUUUCUUUUUUUAGGUUUAAAGUCCAAAAAAAAAAAUGGUGCAAUACUCAAUUAUGAUCCAUACUUUCUUGGAUUAUUCCACAAUGAAAGCCACUAAGGUAGAUAAACAUUACAUUUUUAAAAACACACUUAUUUUAGUCCUUGAGUAAACAUUUACACAUGAACUGUCCCCGUCUCCCCUCAGUACUUGUAUCAUGUUGUUCGUUUAGCUGGAUGAGGGGUGAGGCCGACACUCAGUGCAACGCUAGAGGCUAGUAACAAUUAACAUCAGAAUAUAUUUUUUGACAAGCAAAAAAAACAAAACAACAAAAGUAUACUGAAUUGAAAAGAAACACGAGGCGGAAAUUCCUCCGCUGUAAUCACGAGCUCUCACAUAUUUUCACCUCACACGCUAAACAUUCAUUCAACAUACAAUACAAGCAGCCUUGUGCAAACACUCAAAUACGACAGACGUGAAUUUGCCUUUAUAUCCAUCUUUGUUUUAAACAACACUCGCAUUUCAAAUUGAAUUCACUCUGAACCGAUGCUAUCAAAAAUCUCUGAAGUGUAUGAAUGAGACAAAAAAUCACUACAAAAAGUGUUCACAUUACAUUAUUGGCGCUUCUUUUGAUUCAAGUAUUCGUUUUCAUUAUUUUGUAUUACUCUGAUAUGUUUAUGAUCUUGUCUUCUGGGAAAUAUAAUGUUGAGGAGGAUACAUAGAGCCAAAAGCCAGGGCGGGGUUGGGGGCUUAGGCCAAAUGGAAAACCGAGAGAUCUAGCCAUACACACACAUACACCCAUUAUGUACUCAUGGUUGUAUUCUGUAUACGGACUAGCAUGUGCAUAUUCAACUCAGGCCUUGGUUUGUUUCUAAAAGAGUGAUUUGCUAACUCAACUCUUUUUGGGGCCCCUGUCCCAGAGCCUUGUCUUAUCAAUGAUUGAGAAGCAGAUUUUGCUUAAGCUCCAGUUGCCUUCGAGUCCCUGUGACUUUAAAAAAGGGAGCGCAUCUGAUUUUCAACACUAGAACGGUAGAUAAGAAUGCAGGCGAGGGGGGUGGGAGGGGCUCUCAGUGCUGGUGCUGCGCCCAAAAGAAAUCCAGGGCACAUCUGAGACUGGACCUCCUUCCCAAUGACCCGCCCUCCCACUCUUUCCCACUCCCGAUGCCAGUUGCUCGAUUCAAGUCCAGUGUGGAAUAAAUGCAGGUUUAUGGAACAAACAAACACAGGCAAUAGUGAUUGUUUUCUUGAAUGAUGCGAGUCUAACGCGACUCUGGAAGAGGGCAAAAUCCCGUACGUUUUAAGACUUGGUACCAAACUUGAGGUGUGACCCUAUUUCUGCCAAAACGUGAGGUCCCCAGAGCCGGAUGAGCAGAGACGACCUGUUGUUUAUUUGCUGGCACGACCUUCAGGAUUGGGGGUCCAAAACGAACCACCUGGAUACAGCUUUCCCCGCACGAGGCCCGGAGAGGGGGUCGGGCGGGGCGAGAAGGCGGCAGCUCGCAGAGCAACAGAAACGGGCCUCAGCCUCGGAGUGCACUGCUGAAAGACUUUUUUUUGUAGUUUUUGCAACAAAAACCUUGAUGAUAAAGAAAAAUAUGUUUUUGGUUUUAAAAAAAGAGAUGUACCCGAUGUGACCCAUAAACAGUGCACAGACACAUACAGGACCCUCCCCUCCCUCUUGCAGCCUGGUUCUCCUCUACAUUUCUGAAAUACAAGCACUAUUUAUCUCCCCCCUACCCCUCAAGCCUCCUACAGCUGGAGCUCGUGGUGUACGCUCCUUGCUCUUAAGAUAAAUUAGGUAAUGGCAAGGUGGAAGUAGAUAUUUGCAGAUCAGUUGGCACAAGACUGAAGAAGCGACUAUACUUGCCAACCUCUAGUGCCAGCAGCGUUUUUUUUAGUGUCAACUACAAGCUCUGUCUACAUUGUAUCCAGGGGGGUGGGGUUCAAGGGAAGCUGCCUGGUAGUAAUAAAGGUUGAGAGAUAAGUGAAGAUUGGCAGAUUUGGGGGGGGGGUGGCUGUGAACGAACACCUCCUUGUCUUUGCAUAGAAAUGGAAGGCUGUAAUCAGUUGAGGUGGUUCUAAGUGUAACUGAGUGCUCCCAGAGUUAAACAUAAAGCACCAGUGUGAGUGAGGCCCAUCGACACUAAAGGAUGUGUGUGUUUAUGGGACAACAUAGAGAGGAGGCGCCCCAGGGUACACACAGGAAGUUGGCUCAGUAAACUGGAGAACCUUUGACUGCACAAUCUUUCCCACUUGAUUAGACUCUUCAAAUAUCCC